CGUCAACAUCAGCGCCCGGGGUGGGGGGGGCGGUGUGGGCUGCAGAGGCGGCGGAGGCGCUCAGCCGGAUCGUGUGGCCGAGAUGCCGCUGAGUGCCGCCAGCGUCCCGAACUCCUCCACCACUUCCGACAGGUCGAGGAAGACGCGCUAUCGGACCAAAGCCACGAGCUCCGAGGCGGACGAGAGCCUCUUCCGACAUGACAAGCCGCUGGCCCAGAGCGAGCGCCCCACAGAGCCCAUUGUGCUCCUCCGAGACAAGCAGGCCAUCCUGAAGACUCUCACCGCGCAGAGCUCCGACCACAAGCCCGAGACCAUCCAGAUCGUCACCCGGAACAUGGUGCGGAAACUCCUCGUUCCCACCAAGGAUCCCUCCGGGGAGUCCCUCAUCAUGAGCCCUGAGGAGUUUGAGCGCAUCAAGUGGGCAUCCUACGUCCCGUCGAGAGAAGAGCUGGAGGCCAGGGAGCAGGCCUCCAAGAAGGAGAAGGAGGCCAUCAUGGACGCAGUGACCGCACGCAAGAAGAUCAUGAAGCAGAAGGAAAUGGUGUGGAAAAGCAACAAGAAACUCAGCGACCUGGAGGAGGAGGCCAAGGAGAGGGCCCAGGACGUGCUGCGGAGAGCCAGCCAGCUGCGGGCUGAGCAGGAGGAGGAGCUCAGGGGCAUGAACAAGAUCAUCCUCAACGCCAAGUGCCAUGCCAUACGGGAUGCCCAAAUCCUGGAGAAGCAGCUGAUCCAGCGCGAGUUGGAUGCAGAGGAGAAGCGUUUGGAUCAGAUGAUGGAGGUGGAGCGCCAGAAAUGCAUUCAGAGGCAGGAGGAGCUGGACAGGAAGAGGCGGGAGGAAAGAAUCCGAGGCAGACGGCACAUCGUGGAGCAGAUGGAAAAGAACCGGGAGGAGCGGUCGCUGCUGGCGGAGCAGCGGGAGCAGGAGAAGGAGCAGAUGCUGGAGUACAUGGAGCAGCUCCAGCAGGAGGACCUGCGGGACUUGGAGCGAAGGCACCAGGAGAAGCUGAAGAUGCAAGCCGAGAUUAAGCGCAUUAAUGACGAAAACCAGAAACAGAAAGCAGAGCUGCUGGCUCAGGAGAAGCUGGCGGACCAGAUGGUGAUGGAGUUCACCAAGAAGAAGAUGGCUCGAGAAGCGGAGUUUGAGGCCGAGCAGGAGAGAAUCCGGAGGGAGAAAGAGAAGGAGAUCGCCCGUCUGAGGGCCAUGCAGGAGAAGGCCCAGGACUACCAGGCCGAGCAGGAUGCCUUGCGGGCCAAGCGCAACCAGGAGCUUGCAGACAGGGAGUGGCGCAGGAAGGAAAAGGAAAACGCACAGAAGAAGAUGGAGACAGAGGCCAAACUGCGCGAAAGCCGGCUGCAGCAGGUGGCAUCCAAGGAGCACGCAGUGGCCGUCCAGGUGCAGCGGGACCGGGACGAGUUCGAGAGGAUUCUUCGGUAG